GUCAUGGAUCUCGAGAUUUUCGUGCAGUUGAUGGCGCAAUUUUACGAGAACGGUUGGAUGAGGGGGAGUGGAGGAGCGUCUGACAUAUUCAUUUUCGACUUGCGGAGCAAACAGCAAGUUCAGCGUCCAUUACAUGCGAGAGUGAACGCGUCAUCAUGUGCCGUGUUAUUUACCUUGAUUAUGAAACAUACAGGUACUAACAUCGCUCAGUUCAUUGCACAACUAACAGGAGAAGCGUUUGGUUCGAAGUGCGUCAUACACACCCAUGGAAAAGCGGCAAAUCUCAUUACACAAUUACUGAGGAACAAAGAAUUCUUUGAAAUUUCGCAUCAAGAAUAUAUUAAAGGAGUCUACGAUCCAUUCACUGGAAAGAACCUAAACUACGAUGACACACUAACGAUUCCAAUUAUUGAGAACCAACCAAGAGAAGAACAAUUAAUGCCUGCUCUGGAAGAGUGCUUGAAAAUCAAUCAGCGAACCUGUGCCGUACUUGUACGCAAUCACGGACUUUUUGUGUGGGGUUCAUCGUGGGAGAAAGCAAAAAUAAUGACAGAAUGCAUCGAUUACCUCUUGGAUUUGGCUAUUCGUAUGAUUCGGCUUAAGAUUCCACUGAUAGAAGAUCAGCCAAUGGAAAAAUCGGUGAUUUUGGAUAAAGAGUAUCAGCAUAUUUUUUACCCUUAG